AUGCUUUCCUCAUCCAACAACACACGAAAAACUGAGAAUGAAAUUCAUACUGAUCGUUCAUCCAUGAAUGAAAAAAAAGAACCAUCAUUCACAUACCAUCCUUCUAUUCAACAAUUAUUAAAUGCAAUGAAACAUGAAUUACAAUAUCGAGGACCUGAUUACACUGAAAUAUAUUCAUUACCAAUAGCAAAUUCAAAUUUACAUUUCAUUUCAAGUGUAUUAUCAUUGAGAGGAAAUGAGUUAUGUAAACAACCCAUUUAUAAUCAAGAUUUUGUAUUAUUAUGGAAUGGUGAAAUUUAUAGUGAGAGAAUGAAUGAGAUGAAUGAUGAAUUGAAAUAUGGAAAUGAUGAAUUGAAAUAUGGAAAUGAUGAAUUGAAAUAUGGAAAUGAUACAUUAUUUUUAUUUCAUUUAAUUCAUCAAUGUUUUAAGGAUGAACAAGAUGUGAAGAAUGUAAUGGAUUCAUCCAUGAUUGAUAGUACUAUGAAUGGUCAUUACAAUAAUACUAGUUGUAAUAAUACUAGUUCUAGUAGUAAUGAUCAUAAUCAGAAUAAUACUAGUUCUAAUAGUAAUAAUAGUCAUAAUAAUAAUAAUAAUAACAAACACAACAACAAGAAUGAUAUUGAUUCUACACUCUCUUCAAUUAUUUCUAUAUUUAAUAAUAUUCAAGGAGAAUUUGCAUUUAUUUUAUAUAAUAUCAAACAUAAUUAUCUAUUAUUUGGAAGAGAUCGAUUAGGUCGUAGAAGUUUAUUAUUUUCAUUAAUACCAUUUUCACAAGACGAAGAAGAAGAGAUUGAACCUCCAGUCAUUCCUACCACUUCUAUGACUUGUACUCGUUCCAUGACUCCUAUUCAUACUACUACUACCACAACUACUACCACAACUACUACUACCACAGCAGCUAGUACUACUACUACUACCACGAAUCAUUCUACUACCAUGAAUAGGUUCUCCUUAAUACUCUCAAGUACUAGUUUUGCCAUAUUACCUGAUCGAUCGAUGGAUAGUAGUAAUAGUAGCAGCAGCACCACGAUAGAAUCAUCAUGUUCUUCUUCACUUAACAUUGAGCCAUAUAAUUGUUGGUACAAUCUCUCUCCCAAUCUAUUCAAAUUAGAUUUAACGACCAAUGUAUUAGAGAAAAUUGAAUAUUCAUUGAACAUGCUCAAUCAUACAAGACUCAUUCAUGAUCAAAAUAGAAUGAAAUUAUACGAUGAGAAUGCAAAUGUUAUGAAUUAUUUAGAUACUUUUCAUCGAUUAUUAUCACAUAGUGUGAAUGUAAGAAUUAAUUAUUUAAAUGAUUAUCCAAGGAAAGAUGAAGAAGUAUGCAUAAGGAUGAUGAAUCAUCAAAAUUAUCAUACGAAUAUGACUAACAACAACACAAUGAACACUGACAACACAAACACUACCAUAACUAACAUGACUAUUCCCAACACGAUUCCAAACAACAUGAACCCUCUUUGCAUUCCAAAUGAAGCACCAUUUGCAAUUCUAUUUUCCGGUGGAAUUGAUAGUAUUGUAUUAGCAGCAUUGGCACAUUUAAACACUAGUGUUUGUACACCAACGAGUAGUAGUAGUUGUUAUCGACAUCAACACAAUACCACCACCAAUACCACUACCACUACCACUACCACCAUUCAACAUUUCAAACAACAAGAAUUACCCAAAAUUACACUCAUCAAUGUAUCCUUUGGAAAUACACUCUCUCAAAUAGAAUCUUCACAUGAUCGAAUUCAAAGUAUUCAAUCAUUCAAAAUACUCAAUUCUAAAUAUAAUGAUCGAUUUCGAUUAUUACUAGUAAAUGUAUUGAAGAGUGAAUUAGAAUUAGAAUAUUCAGAGAGAAUUAAAGAAUUAAUUCAUCCCAAUAAUACUGUAUUGGAUUAUACUAUUGGAUGUGUAUUGUGGUGUGCAUCGAGAGGAAUUGGUUGGUUAUAUCAUCAUGAUAAUAAUAAUAAUAACAACAAUCAUGAUGACAAUAAUAACAAUCAUGUUAACCAUGAUGAUAAUAAUAACAAUAACAACAGUAUUGGAAUUAACAAUAACAACAAUAUUGGAAUUAAAAAGAAUGAAACCAACACAACCUUACAACUCUACAAAUCCACAAGUAAAGUUUUACUGUGUGGAGUUGGAAGUGAUGAACUAUUUGGUGGAUAUCGAAGAUAUUUGAAACGAUUUUCACAACAAGGAUGGGAAGGAUUGAAUACAGAAAUGAAUAUGGAUUUGAAUCGAUUAUGGUAUCGAAAUUUAGGAAGAGAUGAUCGUAUCAUUAGUAGUCAUGGAAAGGAAUGUCGAUUACCUUAUUUGGAUGAAUCAUUGAUACACCAUGUUCAACAAUUACCAUUGAAUGUUGUUGUAGAUUUGAGAGAAAAGAUUGAACUUGAAAAAACAUUGAAAUGUAACAAUUCCAAAGAAGGAGCACUCAUCACUCGAGAUAAAUUAAUUUUGAGAGAAUACUGUAAACAUGUAUUGGGAAUUGAACAAUGUAAUCAACCAAAGAAGGCCAUGCAAUUUGCAUCGAAUAUUGCCAAGGUCACAAGAACAAGAAGAAGAGAGAGAGGAGAUGAAAGUAUUGAAGAAUGA